AUGGAUCGUGCAUCUCUAACUACCGACGUGACCCACACAGCUGGUCUGGCAUUUAAAAGCACCAAGCAGCUCUGCCACCUAGCUUCUAUCCUCCCCAAUGAACCGGGGCAAGCCAUCACUCUCAAAGCAGACGUCAGAGCUCUGCAUCAAAUGAUCAUACUCUUCCAACAGAGUCUCAACCCAUAUGAUCCCUGGCAAGAGCCGCCUGCCAACUACAACCUCUUCCUUCUCCAAUGCCCAGCUCGCCAACAUGAUUGA